UAUGCUCUUUCUGAAGGUGAACUUAUUUCAACCUUACUGUUAACGUGAUAAUAAGCAUACGCACACCUGUAUUAUUUCAAAAUACGCUCGCACGCUUGAUGGAGUUGCCUAAAAUAACAUUUUCAUUGAUGGAUAGUGUUUAAAUUGCUUAACAUUUAUUGCAUUUCUAACAUUUAUUUCAGUUCAUACUCGCUUUAGAAUGUAAUUUAAGAUAAGAAGUUUGUUUUUAGUUAAAACAACAUUUAAUUUAGAAAUUUGUUUAAAUAAAUGCGAGGACGUUGUGUGGUUUUAAUAAGAACUUUGUUGUAGAACCAUUCGGGAGAAAAUAGUAGCAUGGGAUUAAAAGUAGCGACUGCAACUCAAGUAAACAGACAGCAGAGCAUGUGUGUUCCUCGAACGUCAUGGUCAGUAUAAUAAAUGAAGCAAUGAUUGUCGCUGAAUAAAAUCAUCGUUUGGAGUUCAAAUGCGAAGGAAUAAUUUCAAGAGGGCCCGAGUGAUAUAAUAACACGCAUCUAAUGAUUUUUUUAAAAGCAAAUCACUGCUUAAGAUAUAUUGUUUCGAUUCUAAUACGAUAUUAAGGAUUAUUAUCUUAUUCAUAAUGGAAUCCCUUAACUUUUUGACGGUAUGUAUUGUUUUUUCUUUCAGCGCGCCGCUAUGACGUCUGACGAUAUGACGUAAUAAGUGUGACGCAUUAUCAGUGCUUUUAUUGCAAAUAAGAUACAUGUUCAUUCAAAGCUUGGGCGUUAUUUUUCCUUGUUGACGAUUGUGGUUUUGAUGGUAUCUGUCACUGUUGGAUCUAGUAACACAACUGGAAACAGAUCUACAAACAUAUUAUUUCUACAUCUACUCAGUUUUGCUGUACAUUUUGGAGUACAAUGCUGGGUAACAUUUGUGGCGGGUUUCGCGAUGUUUUUCAGUGUGCCUAGAAUCAUGUUCGGGCAUUUACAAAGUAGAAUGUUCCCGCUUUACUUUACAUUAACAUUGGUUUUGUCGUGUGUUACAUUGUUAACAUAUGUUGUACAACAUCCCUAUCCGACAAUGACGUCAUCAGAAGCAAAACAGCUAAUGGGAAUGUGCAUAUGUGUAAUAUCAAUAUUCAUCAACAGUUUCUACCUGGCACCGGAAAUCGUCAACGCAAUGAUUAGCAUCUUUGAGAUAGAAAAAUCAUCCGGAGUAGCAUAUGUCAUAGGAUACUGUGACAGAACUGAACUGAAGAAAGAUCCAAAGUACUGUGAACAUUAUAAACGAUUCAGAUUGGUUCACAGUAUAUCAGGUGUUGCUAAUGUUGUAACUCUUAUUUGUAACAUAAUGUAUUUAUACCACCUGGCUAGUAUUAGCGUUAGUCUACAUUUGAAUCAUUUGAAUAAUGCCUAUUGCAUAUGAUUAUUCUUUCAUCUUGUUCAGAAAUCAGUAUUAGAUUUACAUAGAAAUAUAUAUUGUAACCUUUUACAGUAGAAUAUAUUUGUUGUGUGAUUUUUAUCUUAUGUAUAUGUCUGGUCAGUAUGUUGUAUUAUAUUUCUUCUGAAUGAUAUUUCAAACAUCAUGUAUUGGGAAUAGAUCACAUGUACUAUCUAAAAGCAAUUAACAUCAAUUUUAUAUUUAACAAUAUACAUUUUGUAUUAUCGGUUUACUGAGAAUCUUAUAUAUCUUUUUGUUAGAUUCGUUCUUGAAAGAUAUACUUUUUUUCAUGUUAAAUAGCAUGUUAUAACAUUUAUGUUUCAUUUCAUAUACAUAUAUGCUUAUCUGAGAGUUAUAAAAUGUUCUGUCGAUUAAACAGGUCCCAGAAAAGUCAUAGCUAAAUCUGGCUAUAUAUAGUUAGAAAUGUCUAUAAAAAAGCAAUAACAAUUGUAAAAUAUAUGGCAAUGUCAAAACGAAAACAGUCAUUAUCCCAUCCUAAUUGUUUAUAAGACAAAAGACAAUCACAAACAACUGAGAUCUAUGCAGUCUCAAUUUCAAUACAUGUUACGAAUUUGAUCAAACAUUACUAUAUUAGUCAUAAAUAACAGUGCUUAAUUUGAAUGUGACAUAUUUUGCAUUAUUGUUAUUGGUUUUAUAGCUGAUUCCAGCUAUCUAUAGCUAGAUUUAGCUAUAUAGCUAACCUGUGACAUUUGCGACAUUUCUGGGACUUGUUAAAGAAUACUCAUUUCGCUAUAUACAUCGUUGUUCAUAUUAUGAUGUCAAACGUUUAUCCAAUGUUAGAUAUAUACGUACAUGUAUAAAUAUAAAAAGAAUGAUACCACUUA